AUGUAUAUAAAGCAGGUUAUAAUUGAAGGAUUUAAGAGCUACAGAGAACAAGUUGCUACUGAGGCCUUCAGCCCAAAAGUUAAUUGUGUUGUUGGUGCCAAUGGGUCGGGAAAGACGAAUUUCUUCCAUGCAAUUCGGUUUGUACUAAGUGACCUUUUCCAAAACCUUCGGAGCGAGGAUAGGCAUGCUCUACUCCAUGAAGGGGCAGGUCACCAAGUAUUAUCUGCGUUUGUGGAGAUUGUCUUUGAUAAUGCUGAUAAUCGAAUCCCGGUUGAUAAGGAGGAAGUGCGUUUGCGAAGAACCAUUGGUUUGAAGAAGGAUGAGUAUUUCUUGGAUGGAAAACACAUCACGAAAACUGAGGUCAUGAAUUUGCUGGAAAGUGCUGGGUUCUCUCGCUCCAAUCCUUAUUAUGUCGUGCAGCAAGGAAAGAUAGCAUCAUUGACACUGAUGAAAGACUCUGAAAGGCUGGAUUUACUGAAGGAAAUUGGUGGCACUCGGGUGUAUGAGGAGAGACGUCGAGAAAGUUUGAAAAUUAUGCAGGAAACUGGAAACAAAAGAAGGCAGAUAAUUCAAGUUGUUCAGUACUUGGACGAGAGAUUAAAGGAAUUGGAUGAAGAGAAAGAGGAACUGAGAAAGUAUCAGCAACUUGACAAGCAGCGAAAAUCUUUGGAAUACACUAUUUAUGACAAGGAACUUCAGGAUGCUCGCCAAAAACUGGCAGAGGUAGAAGAUGCUCGAAACAAGGUUUCUGAAACGUCAACGAAGAUGUAUAAUAGCGUGCUGGAUGCCCAUGAAAAAAGCAUAAAGAAGCAUACAGAGCUUGAGCUUGAUGUGAAAGAUUUGCAGGAGAAGAUAUCUGGAAACUUCGGAGCCAAAGUAAUAUUCAAAUUAUGUCCUCUGCAGAGGGGGAGAUGCGUGAGACAGUUGCAGACUCUGCAGAAAGAAAUUCAGGAUUCAAUGGAUGAACUUGAGAAAAUGAAUCCUCUGUAUGAGGAUCAAGUCAUGAAGGAAAAGGAGAUCACAAAAGGAAUAAUGGAACGUGAGAAGCAGCUUAGCAUACUUUAUCAAAAACAAGGUCGUGCGACCCAGUUUUCAAGUAAAGCUGCUCGUGACAAAUGGCUCCAAAAGGAAAUUGAUGAUCUCGAGCGAGUUCUUUCUUCAAAUUUGGCACAGGAGCAAAAACUUCAGGAUGAAAUUAAACGGCUUAAUACUGAGUUGAGCGAGCGGGAUGCCUACAUUGAGUCUCGAAGAAGAGAGAUUGCUACUAUUGAAUCUCUCAUCUCUCAUCACAUGCAGGGUUCAAUCAUCAUAAGUCAGAGAGGGACAAGUUGCAGGAUGAGCGCAAGUAUGAGUCUUUUGUCCCUGUGGAGGAAUGAAACUGAACUUUCUGCUGAAAUUGAGAAGCUGAGAACAGAAGUUGAGAAGGCUGAAAAGAGCCUGGAUCAUGCAACCCCUGGUGAUGUCAGGAGAGGGCUAAAUUCUGUUCGUAAGAUUUGCAGAGAGUAUAAAAUUCCUGGGGUAUUUGGCCCAAUUAUUGAGUUGCUUGAUUGCGAUGAAAAGUUUUUUACUGCUGUUGAAGUAACUGCUGGGAACAGUUGUUCUCUUAUGAUUUCUGUUCUUUUGAACAGCUUGUUUCACGUUGUGGUUGAAAAUGAUGAAAUAUCAACACAUAUCAUGCUUUACAUAGAUAAAUGGUUUAAAGUUGGAUUUGAAUGCCUUCUGAAGUGGGUUCACCUUAAGAUUAUGCUAGGUGUGAUGGCGUACUAUAUGUCUGUUUCAAUGUUACAAUUAGUGGUAUUUGCAAGAACAGUUGUUUGUCGAGAUCUGGAUGUGGCUACAAAGGUUGCUCGUACCGAUGGUCUAGACUGCAUUACUUUGGAAGGUGAUCAAGUCAGCAAGAAGGGUGAUCUCGUAACUGAACAGCAGAAAAUUGAUGCUAAGCGGGCCCACGACAAAUCAGAACUAGAACAGCUUAAGCAGGACAUUGCCAAUGCUGAUAAGCAGAAAAUUUUGAUUUCUAAAGCUCUUGGGAAUAAGCUUAGAGCCAGUAUGGCCAUGAAGAGGGCUGAAAUGGGCACAGAUCUCAUUGAUCAUUUAACUCCAGUGGAGAAGGAUCUUCUCUCAAGAUUUAAACCCUGA